AUGCAUCCUGGUCGAAUACGUACGGUGAACUCAGACGAAGGAGCGGUCAACACGCGAAAAAACGCCUCAAUAUCCAUGACAACCCCUAGACCUGUACGCAGGUCUAGCUCUGUUACCGGCCUCCUUUACCACAUUUCAGCAAGCCAGCGCAUCCCCCUGAGAAUCAGUUACGACACAGCCUUGAAAUACGUGUUCGUUAAGAACGGGGAAUCAUAG